UUUGCAGUAAUCGGAGUAGAUUUUGGUACCGCAGGUACUGUUAUAGCUGUCGCUCGAAACCGGGGUGUCGACGUGAUCACCAAUGAAGUCUCUAACCGUUCAACACCGUCAUUGGUUGGCUUUGGGCCCAAAUCUCGAUACCUUGGAGAGUCAGCUAAAACGCAAGAAAUAUCCAACCUCAAAAACACCGUCGCCUCACUGAAGCGACUUGCUGGUCGUUGCUUAAACGAUCCUGAUAUCCAGAUUGAACAGAACUUUAUAUCAGCACCCCUUGUGGACAUCAAUGGACAAGUUGGAGCAGAAGUUACUUACCUCAACCGGAAAGAAAGAUUUACUUCCACGCAACUUAUAUCUAUGUUUCUCAGCAAAAUAAAAGCAACAGCUUCCGCAGAGCUUAAGUUACCUGUUUCUGAUCUAGUGAUGAGCGUGCCUGCUUGGUUCACUGAUGCUCAGCGAAGAAGUUUGAUGGAUGCUGCAGAAAUUGCUGGCUUAAAGCUUCUUCGAUUAAUGAAUGACACUACUGCCGCAGCUCUAGGAUACGGAAUAACAAAGCUGGAUCUUCCAACCGCAGAGGAAAAGCCAAGGCGUGUAGCUUUUAUCGAUAUUGGCCACUCUAACUACACUUGCUCAAUUGUCGAAUUCAAAAAAGGGGAAUUGACCGUAAAAUCUACUGCAUACGAUCGUCACUUUGGAGGGCGUGACUUUGAUAGAGCUCUUGUGGAACAUCUAGCCACUGAGUUCAAGGAGAGUUACAAAAUAGAUAUUAAAUCUAACGCGAAGGCUAUGGUUCGCGUCAAUGCCGCUGCGGAAAAAUUGAAAAAGAUACUCUCAGCGAAUCAACAAGCCCCUUUAAACAUCGAGUCUUUAAUGGAUGAUAUUGACGUUGCCACCAUGGUCACUCGUGAAGGGCUCGAGAAACUAGUUGAGCCACUACUUAACCGUGUGCAUGUACCUCUUGAACAAGCAUUAGCCGACGCUAAGCUCAAGAUUGAGGACAUAGAUGUAAUCGAGCUAGUUGGCGGCUGCACCCGUGUACCUGCUCUGAAGGAACGAAUUCAGAAAUUCUUCAACAAAACUCUCUCGUUUACGCUUAAUCAGGAUGAAGCUAUUGCACGUGGCUGUGCCUUCAGCUGCGCCAUUCUCUCCCCAGUAUUUCGUGUCCGCGAUUUCUCAAUCCAUGAUAUCGUCAACUACCCUAUCGAAUUUACUUGGGAAAAAUCAACCGACAUUCCCGAUGAGGAUACAAGUCUGACUGUUUUCAACCAAGGAAAUGUGAUGCCCUCAACUAAGAUCUUAACUUUCUAUCGUAAGGAACCUUUCAAUCUAGAAGCCAAGUAUGCGGCGCCUGAAAAACUCCCGGGUAAGACAAAACCAUGGAUCGGUAACUUUUCUGUAAAAGGUGUCAAAGCCGAUGCUAAGGAUGAUUUCAUGAUUUGCAAGCUGAAAGCACGCCUCAAUCUACACGGGAUAUUGAACGUGGAGCAGGGUUACUUUGUAGAGGAAAUUGAGGUUGAGGAGCCAAUUCCUGAAGACCCGGAGAAGGAAUCUGAAGCGAUGGAUAUCGAAGACAAGCCAAAGACUCGAAAAGUCAAGAGUCAAGUUCGUAAAGGAGAGCUUCCUAUAUCCUCUGCAACCUCUGGUCUCGAUGAUUCAUCCAAAUCAGCUUCUGCCGAACAAGAAGCUGCCAUGAUAAUGGAAGAUAAGCUUGUCAGCGACACAGAAGAAAAGAAGAAUGAACUCGAAGCUUAUAUAUACGAAAUGAGGAAUAAGCUUGAUGACCAAUACUCUGAGUUUGCCAGUGAAGAAGAAAAAUUAAAACUCAAUGAAAGACUUACUGCUACUGAGGAUUGGUUAUACGAUGAGGGUGAAGAUGCCACCAAAGCUACAUACAUCGCGAAAAUGGACGAAAUCCGAAUGUUAGCUGGCCCUAUUACCCAGCGCCACUUUGAUAAGGUAGAAGAAGAACGUGCGGCUGCGCAGGCCAUAGCUGAUGCCGAGGCUGCAAAGAAACGAGAAUUAGCUGAAGCUGCUAAAGCCGCAGCACUUGCUCAGGAGGCUGCGAUGAGCAAGGAUGAAGUCAUGGCGGAGGCUGAUUCAUCUAAAAAUAGUGAAGGUUUUGAAGCAGAUAGCAAAUAA